AUGAUCAUGAAGAAAUUAAGAAGAAAUGUUGGCAAUUGUCAUCUCAUGGACAUGCUGACGUUUGACUGUGCACUGCAAUGUACAUAUCGAUUGCGUUCUACUUGGGACUCUAGCUUCUACCAAACUAACAUAUCCAGUUAUCUCCAACAAAAAUCUCUCCGGCACAAAUUGCCUGUCAUAAAAUCUGCUCCGCUUCCUCGUUUUAUGUCAAUACAUUCUGCAUGCCAACCGAAUUUGACAGCUUGCAACUUCUCCAGAAUAAAAGGACCAAAUAAGUUUAAAAUAAACUUGUGGAGAGGCCACCCUUAA